GCAAUGGACAUCAAAUUGGAAUUACGAUCCUUGUGAAUUGUUUCAAAUCUCAACAACAAUUUUGGGAACCUGCUACACAUUCAACAUGCUACCAGCUGAUCAGCUCCUCAAACGUGAAUGGUUUGAUGAUCUCAAAUCAACAAUGAUGCCGAAUUUUUCUUCAUACCAGUAUAAAUACUUCUCCCAAGAAAAAGUAUGGGACGCAGAAGAUGGUUAUUUGAGUCCACACACCGCCGGGAAGAUUCCUUGGAGAUGUAACAGCUAUCUUGAGACUGUGACUUCAUUCGUCUUGGAUAUAAAUAUAGAUGACAUGGAAGAAAUAUGCAUGGUGGACGGACCCGGCUUCUUAGUUGCCAUUCAUAACCCAGCUGAGACACCAACAGCUUAUCAAACAAUAGCUUCCGCAGACAAAGAUAUGAGAACUAUGUUAAAGAUAACACCUAAAAUGGUGUUGACAUCUGAUGACCUCAGAAGUUGGCUUCCGGAGAAAAGAGGCUGUUUCUACAAUCAUGAGAGAAAGCUGCGCUACUUCAAAUUCUACACCCGCAACAAUUGCAACAGUGAAUGUGAAAUGAAUGCUACUUUGCAAAAGUGCAACUGCUUACAACCGUUUCAUAAUCGUUUACAUACUACACCACUCUGCGGGGGCUUCGCGAUGAAAUGCUACAUUAGUGUCCUAUUUGCUGUUCAAACGUUGUUUGGUGACAUUGCAACUGAAGUGAAAUAUGGAUCGUUGGCGUCGAAAUGGCUUCAAAAAGCCAGAACAAGGGUGUUGAGAAGGACCAAGAUCAGAGAGACUACGCCUCAUGGAGCUCAAAUCGAGGACGAUAGCAGUUCAAAGUAAAAAUAUAUAAUUAGUUAUAAAUUGAAAGUUCAAUUUUCAUAAUAAUUAAUAAAAAUCAUUGCAUUUUAUUG